CCCAGCACUUGCUCGCAGCGUCAAAGUUUAGGUUCAGCACGAGCCUCCUGGAAGCCACCGGGCUGAUUGUCCUUUGUUACGGCAUUGGGAAAACUCUGGUAUCGGGGGCCAUGAGCCGAUGUUGUGGAGUGACCCGCAUACAAGCAGGCUAAACUUGGCGCACGCUGCCACUGGCAGUGGGGGCGCCGGCGAUGGCUCAGGCGUUGCCGACCAUUGCUACACCAAUGCAGUCGGAGGAGCCGGACACGCGCGUCGGACCUGUCCACGCCGUUCCGCAGAGCAGGCGGCGGUCGAACACGGGAGUUAUGCUUCUUGUGAUCCCUCUGUCCCCUUUGACUGCGCUCCCACGCCGCUUCUUUGACCGAGCCUGUCCUCUUGGACUCCAAUCAUGGCUCUUACGCGGGCGUUCGUUCGAGUGCGAUGUGUAGUUCCUGGGCGCCACCCAUAUGACCGCUGAUGCCAUCAGCCAGGGCUCGGUUUGGUUUCCAAUUUUCACGGGUGAGAACCCUAUUAGGUAUGUAUCCAAAAACCGCCAUUAUGCUAAUGAAAUUGGAUCCAAGAAGUUCUGGGGUCGCUCAGCGGAGCAUUCCGGCCAGGUCAUGCUGAUACACAACGAUGACUGGCGUCGAUCCUUUAAAAGAGAACGAUGUGUGCUCUCGCAUCU